AUGGAGAUAACAAUUCAUCCACCAGCAGCACGAGAACUGUUAGCCCCGCUGCUUGGAUCAUUACCUGCAGCUGCGAUUGCAUCAGAGCCUCCAAAUGCACUCCUGCCUCUCCUGUCGCCAAUACUGCGCCAGCGAGUACAGCUCCUCUCCGCCUCGAGUAACGAACCAUGGCUGAGCCUGCUCUGUUACGACCAAUCGAAAACCUCAAAAUUAGAAGUAGCUGUCAAGAACGAGGCAUUGGAGCCACAUCCCGUGUCGGGAGAGGUCGAAGUAGACUGGGACUAUGAUGUGGAUAUCAGGUAUCGCAGGGUUGAUCAGGAGACCCUGCAAGCAUUAGUAUCGCUACGCGAGCUUGGGUUUAAUGUUAAGUUGGUGUGGUGUGUUGGGGAUGAGGUCGGUGGUGGUGCUGGCUGGAGAAUCGGAGAAGUUGGCGUACCCGACGGAACUGAAGGCCCGUGGGGCGAGAAGAAUAUCGCGGAUGCAGAAGAUGCUUCUAAGACCAGAGCCGCAGAGACACACCAUGUCACGAAUGGCAACUCUGGUCUGGCAGCCCAGGAAGACGAUAAUGACGACGACUACUGGGCCCAAUACGACAAUACCCCCUCCCGCACGCCAGCGCAGAACUCCCCAGCUCCUCCGACUCUCGCAAAUGGCUCCCGGGCCCAGCCUGAUGAAGAUGCGUACUAUGCUCAAUACGCCGAGGUGCAACCUGCAAUGGAUAACCAUGACCCCGAUGAAGCACGGCAGAACGGAAAUAUCGAGAGCUCACUGGGUAGAGACGAAAUCACAGCCGAACUUCAACAAAACCUCUCCUCCCCCCCCGACGUUACGCCAGGUGCCUUAGCCUGGUCACCAUCCGACGAGCGUGAAACAACGCCAUAUACCAAUGGAAUAUCAGAGACAUUGUUACAUCCUCGUCCAGCAUCUAGCACUGGAAGUAGCGGAAGUGACACGGUUGCCAAGCUGGAGAAAAGAGCUGCAGCGAAUGCGCUCCGUGAUCAAAACGAGCAUGGAAUUAAGCAGCACAUCUCGACUAGUAUGAAAAGUCUAUAUCGGCUGGCAAGGGUUUCAGGAAUCGACCGGGCGGAGUUUGAACGGUUGGUUACAACUGAAUUAGACUGUUUGAGUUUGAUGGAUGAGGAUGAUUGA